GACAGAGUAAACUCCAAAAAUGAUUCACAUUUCCUGCUAUAUUGUCGGCCCUGAUGCUCAUUGGAGACCAUGGUUGACCGACUUGUUAACAGUGAGGCGAAUGCCAGGCGAAUUGCCAUGGUGGAAAACUGCUUUGGCAGCUCCGGACAGCCACUGGCUGUUCCUGGGAGAGUCCUGGUGGGCGAGGGUGUUCUCACCAAAAUGUGCAGGAAGAAGCCCAAGCCCAGGCAAUUUUUCCUUUUCAAUGAUAUACUCGUCUACGGAAAUAUAGUCAUCAACAAGAAAAAGUACAACAAACAGCAUAUUAUUCCUCUGGAGGAGGUGAAGCUGGAAUCCCUGGCGGAUGAUGGACAAUAUCGCAAUGGAUGGCUCAUUAAAACGGUAACAAAAUCGUUUGCUGUUUAUGCUGCUACUGCAACAGAGAAACAGGAGUGGAUGGCGCAUAUAACUAAAUGCAUAGAGGAUUUACUGAGAAAGAGCGGAAAGAAGCCUGUGGAGGUGCAUGCUGCUGUUUGGGUGCCAGACAACGAGGCCAAUCACUGUAUGCAUUGUAAAAAAACACAGUUUACAGUUAUUAACAGAAGGCAUCAUUGUCGACAAUGUGGUGCAGUUGUUUGUGGCCCAUGCAGCAACAAAAAAUUAUUCUUGCCGGGUCAAGGGAAUGGGAAAGCUGUGAGGGUCUGUUUACAAUGUUACGACGUGGCUAGUAAAGUGAAAGCAUCAUCUCCCACUGGAGUUGACAAUCUCAAUAAUUCUGACCAACAGCGCAACUCAGCUGACAGUUCAGGUGGCGACAGCUCAGGCGACGAUGAUGAUUCAAACAAAGAGGAGAAACAUGACGAGCCGAAAUUCUACUCAGUUCUUGCUCGAUGAAUCCUAACUCAGCACAAUCAUCCCGAUGGGAAUCGGAAUAAUUUUCUCACACCAAUUCAGAUCAAUGGAGAUGAUUUUUUAUUAUCACUGACGUACAACGAAACGUAGGAAACAUGUACAACUUCAUUUUAACAAUUUUUCGGGGCGAAUUUUAUUAGUAUUUCAUCCGCAGUAUUGGUAUGGCGAUUUGUUGUCUGUAUAUUUUUCAUAUUUGGUCCUUGAGGAAUUCAGUGGAAUUGCGAUCUUUCUAUUUUACGAAUUAUCCCCUAUUUCUUAAAUUUUUCUUCAUUUUCUUUUUUGUGUUAUGGUAAGAAAUUUAAACAAUAGGACGCAUAGACAAAAUUCAAUAGAGAAUGAAAAGGCAAUUGAGGAUUGUUUUUUAAAUUCUUUUCUUUUUUUGACAUUUCUUUCGUUGAAUUCCAGAAAAUUCCUCAGAAAGUCAGCAGAAAUCCAUUAGAUAUUUUCUAGAAACCACAGGAUUUUUCUAUUGAAUUUUCAAAUACGUAAAUGUAGUAAAGUCUGGGGUGAAGUUGACAUUAUGUUCUGAUCCCUAGUUCCCUUAUUGUUAUUUUUAAUUGCAUAAUUAUUAUUUGAAACAGUAAAUCCUUGGAUAUUUUAAGACUCAUGCCACUACGUGCCUUUCACCCUGGAGUUGAAAAAAUUUUCGUUAAUCAUUGAAUAUUUAACUGGUGGCAGUUUAAUUAUUAUUUUCCCUCCUUAGUCUAACACGUAAGUGAUUGAUAAAUGCAACUCGACUGUUUAAUCGAUAUUUAUGUAACAAGUUUAAUGAUAAAUAUUUCGAGGCCAAUUGAACUACGUAUUCCAUCCAUGAAAAUGUCAAAUUGAAAUUGUUUUAAUUUGAAGACAUUAUCGAGGAAGAGCAGUCGUUGUUUCUCGGGAGUUUAGGGUAAGAUUGAAUAAGGUUCAAACAUUUUUUCUUUUUCAUAAAUUACUAAUUUUUAUAUCAGACAUUUACAUUUGUAAAUAUCUUAUAUGAUUAUCCAUGAGAAUAUGACGGUUUAUCUAUUAACUGUUGUGGAAUAAAAAUAAAAACAUAUCAACAAGUC